UCGUUCUGAGAAUCAAAAAUGGUAACACACUGCCACCUGGUGAAAAGUGAGGAAACACAUUGAACAGUCGUUGCUACGGCAACAGAAUGCAAACUCGGAAAAUGGUAAACGAAAGUUCCAAGUUGUUGGAACAUUCCAAACAUGGCUUUGUGACGAAUAGAAGGUAGAGGCUACUGCCUAUUUUUUUUUUUGAAAGAUAGGCUAUACUUCGUAACUGAUAACUAUACAUAUAGGAUGUCGUUGUCGUUGGCUGAAUGAAGAAUGUGAAUGCCUACUUUAUUAACUCGAUCUUUGAUUUACAUUCGAGAGUUGUCCUGAGGAUGUCUUCACCACAGCUGAUACAUACAGGGCGUCAGAUGACGGCUGUACCCUCUCCAAGAGCCGAGUCUCUGGUCGAACCUGUGGUAAGAAGAAAAACAACUAAUCCUUUCCGAGUGCCUGAUGGCACCAGUAUCUUUGUCUUGAGGAAUAAAGAGAGGGAACAUAAGAAAAAGGAACUGGAACAGCAGCGCAGCCUGAAGGUUCACGAGAAGGUUUCCUUUGCGGGGAGGGUAAGGGCCGGUGAUAGCCGGCUGAGGAGGAAGGUUGCAGGGGAGCCACUGGAGGACAAUGACGGCGAUACCCGACCCUCUGGAACCCUCAAGUUCGCGUGGAUGGCGGCCAUGAUAAAAGAUCGCACCGUUGACCGAGAGAGCAUAAGUGAAUACAUCGCAAACAAGAGAGACAUGUUCCUGCUGGAGUACUCAUUAGAAGUGAAGCGUGGCGAGAUUGAUAAGCUGGAGGCCACAGCCACAUCUAUGGAGAAGAAGCUUGACCAGGCUGAGCGCUUCCUAGAGGAAGACAGUGUCAUGUUUGACGAGUUCCUCAAGGAGAAUGACAGGAACUCUGUAGCGGCCUCUAAAAAGGCAGAGCAAGAGACCAAACUAAAAUUAGAGAAGGUGCUUGAGAUCAAGAGACUCUCUGCCAAAAUGAUGGCUGUUAAGAGUGACAUUUCUAAGUAUGAGGACAAUCUGAAUGAGUACACACUGUAUAAGAACUUCCUGUUUAGGCUCUCUCCACCUGAGUGGCUGGAGCAGCAGCGCGCCAAGAGAGAGAAGCGUUGUAAGGCCAGAACGAAGGAGCAAGAGAAGGCAGCGAAGAAGGAGGCUGUCGCCAAGAGUCCUAAGAGAAAUUCCGCUAGAGAGAAAUCGGGGGGAUCGAGAGGGACCUUAUCAAGCAAGGGGCUGCCCCCUGUCAGAGAGGCCAAGAUGCUGUCCGCUCCAGGCUCCAAAGACUACCCACAGAGUGACAAAUUAGAUGCAGCAUCUGGAAUUGAUGAUGACAGCUCGGAGUAUGAGGAUGACCCAGAGCUGUACUUCACUGACCCCCAGCAGCUCCUUGAUCUGCUCACUGAGCUCGAGGAGCAGAACCUCUCUCUGGUCCAAAAUGCCUGCGAGACAGAGGAGAACCUAGAGAAGUUCCGGAACAUCUUUGAAGAGACUCGCAAGAAAAUGGAUGUCGAGUCUGAGGAGCUGAAAAAGCAGAUUGAGAUCAUGAACUAUGCCAUCCAGCGUGAGCAGGAGAAGGCGUCAGAGCUGGAGCUCAUGGCUAGGCUCUUUAGCUUCGGGAAGUUUAGGAAUGAGGACCAGGAUGUGAUGUUACACACCCUGAAAUGUAAGAUUAGGGAGUUGUACCAGUGCUGUGUCGGUGACAGUGAGGCUAACGUCAGCCCACUGCAGAUGCUGAACAGUAUUGAGAACCUACUGGGAGACCUGAUGGAGAGGAUUGAGGUGAUUCCCAAGGAAAAGAUGCUCAAUGCCAAGAAGGCCAAGGAGAAAGAGAGGAGAGUCAGGUUAAGAGAGGACAAAAUUAAACUGCAGAAAAAAGGACAGGAGGAAAGGGUCAGAAAGGCUAUGGAGAGAUCUCAAACUGAAAACCAGCCAAGAGUGGGUAAGAAGCUAAUGCAAAGAUCUGAGCCCCCAUCUCGCAAGCUGAAUGUGACCCAGAAAACAGAUUUCUCUGACAAAGACAAAGAGGACCAGCUCUUCUUUUUCACUUAAGAGAUGGGUUGCAAGCUACAAAUGGCACCUGUAGCUUGGAGCUAUUCCCAUCUUAAUUACGCUGUGGCAGGUGCCUAGGGGAAUAUGUACAAGUGUAAUGUUACUCCAUGCUAUGGGGAGUAAGACAGAACUCUAUUUUUAACCUAUAAGUUGAUUGGAUUUGAUAGGUCUGUAGAUGUAUUUAGAAGUGCUGGGGGUGGUGCAGAGGACCAUGCUGUUGAUUUGGCCAGGACAAAACUGACAGGACAUAACGAGGGUCAAUGUGGUCAUGUUAAGUUACACAAGUUUAAUUCCUUUUGACUAUUUUACAAACAUGACCAUUAUAUUUGAUACAAAUGCUUUUGAUAAACGUUUUAAAAUUUGGUGUGACAGAUAAUUUCUUAAUUAUUCCUCAUUAUAGUCUGUAAUGAACGUGAAUGUCGUGCUUGAAAGUAAAGUUGUGGAUUUGAUACAAAA